AGAAGGAAGAGACAAAUGUUUUAUUCUCCCACACACUGUCGACUUGUUUGUUUUCUAUAAUAUGAAAUCCAUGGAGUCUCUUCUCACUUUCUCACUGUGGACUCUCAUCCACUGCUUGGAUUUUGUCAAAGCUGCAGCUGCUGCUACUCUCAGCAUCCAACCCAGCAGGUCAGUCUUCUUUUUUUAUGAAACUGUGACUCUGAGCUGUGCAGUGCCAGGCAGCUUCAGCAGCUGGACAGUGAAGAGAAACACCUCCACAAUGUCUUCUGUUUCAUGUGAGACCUGGGGCCUAUUACAUGGGUCAUCCUGCACCAUCAAAGGUGUCUACCCAUCAGACAGUGGAGUGUACUGGUGUGAGUCUGACAGCGGGGAGUGCAGCAACACCAUCAACAUCACAGUGGCAACUGGUGUGAUCCUGCAGGGUCCUGCUGUUCCUCUGACUGAGGGAGACAGUGUGACACUAAACUGCUCCUAUAAAGAAAAAUAUGCAAAGGAGUCUACGUCCAAUUUCAGUGCUGAAUUCUACAGAAAUGGUGCUUUUAUUGAAAAAAGGUCUGAAGGAAGGUUGAGACUUAUCCAUGUGUCCAAGGAGAACGAAGGCUUCUACAAGUGUGAACAUCCAACAAAAGGAGAGUCACCAGAGAUCUGGCUGGAAGUGAGAGCUCGAGCUCCAUCUACGACUGCUCCUCCUCCUUCUCCUCCUCCUCCUCCUCUGAUGUCUCUUCCCAGGCUGGCGUACACAAUCUUUUUGUUCAUGCUGUUCACUGGUAUACUCAUACUGUAUAUAUCCAUGUGCAAAAGUUGACUCAAGGUAAGAGUACAACUAAAAAAAAUCAUAUUUAGAAUAUAUUCAAUUUCCACACAGGGUCAGAGGUCCAAUACAACACCGUAGCUGCCAAACAAAUGUCAAAAAAUCCAUCAUAAAACUAUUUUUCCAAACUUAUUUUGUCAGUCUAACAAUAAUUUAAGUAUGGAAUCGGGUGAUAGAUACAUCUGAUAGAAAAUAACUGAAAAGCAGCAGCAACACUUUAACCUCUUGCUGUGAAAGAUUCACGUUUUCCAUUUGCAGCCUCCUCCAGUUGGACAGUAGAUGCCAACUGACCACAGUGGUGUAAAAUGAGCUUCUCAACUCAUGACACUUUGUGAAACUGACCCUUGGUUGUGGCUCAUCUAGUGACCUCAGACAUGUUUGUGUAUUGAUGUUCAUUGAAUGAAGACAGAUAUUCAUGUUUUCAGCAAAAAAAUGUCACGGCAGAUAAAGAUGGACAAUUAUCAUCAGGGAUUGUUAUUGUUGUUAAUGAGGUCAGAGGUCAGAGCUAGUUCUCAUGGCAACAAUAGAAAGUGCCACUGUUGUAUAACGCUCCUUACAUGGGAUUAAGUUCUGCUUUUAAAAAAUCCCACUACGUAAAGUUUCUGUUCCUCCUGCAGCUGAAACUGAGACAAAAAUGAGAGAGUGUGAUCAUCUCUGACUGGAGUGUCUGAGGAUGAAGAUCAUGAUGAACAAUAACGAUCAAUGUAUCACCAGGAUUAAAGUAAAAUUUUUAUUUGUUUUACUUUUUUAACUUUAUUUUUUAACAGCUGAUGUUUUGCCUACACUGUUAGCUCAUGACUUGAUGAUCAAUCUGCUGUUUGCGCUGAACUGAAAACUGCAAAAUUCUCACAUUUGAUGUGUUUUUGGUUUAUAAGACAAAA